AUGAGCAACAGCAACGAGACAAUAGUGAUCGUGGGCGGCGGCAUCGUCGGCGUCUCGACUGCCUUCUUCACAGUAAAGUCGCUGGCCGAGAAGUACCCAGCCGAGCAGCGGCCGAGCGUGGUGCUGCUGGAGCAGUGCGAGCCCGGAUGCAGCGCCUCGGGCAAAUCGGGGGGUUUCCUGGCGCGGCACUGGUCAGACGGCACGGACACCGAGCAGCUGGCCGAGUUCGGGUACGAUCUGCACGCGAAGCUAGCGCGCGAGUACAACGGACCCGAACGCUGGGGGUACCGGCCGCUGGACACAUAUUGCGCCGAGAUCGACCGGAUCCCGAAUAUGGUGACCUCUAUUGAGGUUAUUGCCGCCAAGCCGCAGCAGUUCGCUGGCGAGGAGCACCAGGACCGCACGCACUCGUCUAUUACAGUGCCAGCUGAGGUCGAGGCCGUCAAGGUCGUUGACAACGCCUGCGUACCGUGGCUCAAGCCCGAUAUCCUGACGCGGCUGCGGCAGCUGACACGCACGCUGCUGAGCGAGGCCAAAGCGCUGGGGCUGCAGAUUGUCAAGGCCAAGGUUAUCGAUGUCGAGGAGCCCGGAUACCGCCCGCCCAUCCUCGAGUUCCCCAUCAGCAGCCAGAGCCGUCUGGCCACCGACGAGUUCUCGAUCGUCGAGCCCGCCAAUACACCGGACUCGACGCGCCGUGCCUCGGUUGUCAAGCCGUAUCUGGUCAAGGUUGACCAGGGUGAGGACAUCCCCGCGGACAAGAUCGUUGUUGCGUGCGGCGCCUGGGUCACCUCGUGCCUGCGCUGGCAGGCCUUCCGCGAGGUAUCUGCCAGCCAGAUCCCGAUCCAGGGCCUGCGCGCCCACUAUCUGAUCGCCAAGCCCUCGGAGCCACUGCCAGCCCAGGCUGUGUUUGCCGAGAUCAACGGCACCGUGUACAACGGGGAGGACGCAAUCGAGAUCUAUUCGCGCAUGGACGGAUCGGUGUUUGUGUGCGGCGAGGCCCUCGACGACCCCGAGAUGCCGCCCCACAAUCCCUUCGAGCCCGUGUGGAGCAAGCGCGCAACCAACCGCCUCAAGCAGAUCGUCAACGACGUUAGCCCGUCGCUGAGCUUUGAUGUCAUCAACUACGGCCUCGCCUGCCACCUGCCUGGCCUGUUCAUUGCCGCCGGCCACGGGUGCUGGGGUAUCCUCAACGGUCCGGCCACCGGCCUGGCCAUGUCCGAGCUGCUGGUUGAUGGCAAGUGCACCACCCUGGAUCUGACAAACUUUAGGCUCAACCGGUGGUACUAA